CCAUACGUAGAUUGCAUCAUGGCUUCACGGGUGUCAUGUCGGAUUGCCAAAAAGUUCUCGAAAUUUCAGUAUCCAGGUUCAUUCUGGGAAAGACCCCGAAAAUCAUCAUUACUAUGUCAGAGGCAGUACUGCAGUGCUGGCAGUUCGUCUCCUGCAGGGGGUGUCCCCCUCACCCAGCCUCUUCCUGGGAUUGCGCAGCCCAUAUACGCUGCUGUAUCGCAUGAUGUCGUACACACGGACAUAACCACCUUAGACAAUGGGCUGAGAGUCGCCUCAAUGAACAAGUUUGGCCAGUUUUGUACAGUUGGAGUCUUGGUGAACUCUGGAUCAAGACAUGAAAUAGGUUAUCCAAAGGGUAUUGCACAUUUUAUGGAAAAGACAGCAUUUGGGGAAACAGAUAAGUUUGGAAGCAGAGAUGAAAUCCUCCAGUCAUUAGAACAGCAUGGUGGAAUAUGUGAUUGCCAAGCUUCAAGGGACACACUGGUAUAUGGGGUAUCUGCAAAUAGAGAUGGUUUAGAAGAUGUCAUACACUUGCUGUCAGAGGUAGUUUUCAAACCCAAGCUUUCAGAUACAGAAAUUGAGGAUAGCCGGCAAGCAAUAUUGUUUGAAUUAGAAGCCCUUGACAUGGCACCAGAUCCAGAAAUAAUGAUGACAGAGCUUAUACAUGCAGCUGCUUAUCGUAACAACACACUAGGCCUCCCCAGGGUAUGCCCCGCUGAGAACAUUCCCCUUAUUGGACGCCCCACCCUCUUGCAAUACAUGAACAACUAUCUGGUCCCGGAGAGAAUGGUCCUGGCUGGGGUCGGCAUGGACCACCAAGCCCUGGUCGAUCUCGCCCAACGGUAUUUCGUCAACACGAAACCGACGUGGAGCACCCCUGAGAUUCAGGAGAUGGGCGGAAGGAUUGAUAAUUCAAUAUCGCAAUAUACAGGAGGCGUACAGAAGAUCAGCAAGGACAUGUCCAACAUUGCCCCCGGUACCCCCAUCCCUGAACUGGCCCACGUGGUCCUGGCCCUGGAGAGCUGUGGUCACCAGGAUCCCGACUUCAUCUCCUUUGCUGUCCUCAACAUGCUGAUGGGCGGAGGAGGUUCCUUCUCCGCUGGGGGUCCCGGGAAGGGGAUGUACACUCGUCUCUACCUCAACGUCUUGAAUAGGUACCACUGGAUGUACUCGGCUGCGGCUGUUCAUUAUAGCUAUGAGGACAGUGGUAUCUUCUGCAUACAGGCGAGCUCUCAUCCUAGUAUGGUUCGAGAACUUAUAGAAGUUAUUGUCAGGGAAUUUGUGUACAUGGCAGGGAGAGUUGAAGAGGUUGAGCUAAGCAGAGCCAAGAGGCAGCUCCAAUCCAUGCUUAUGAUGAACCUAGAGUCUAGACCAGUUGUCUUUGAAGACAUAGGAAGACAGGUUCUUGCCACAGGGACUAGGAAACACCCAAGGGAAUAUGUGGAGCUUAUUGAGAAAGUAACCGCUGCAGACAUCAAACGAGUGGCCAGCAGGAUGCUACAGUCCCAGCCAUCCGUUGCUGCGUUGGGUGAUCUCACUAAACUACCAGACCAAGCAGAUAUCCAGUCAGGAUUGCUCCACAAAGAGGGUCGGCUGCCAAGAAAGUAUGCCUUCUUUAGGAGGUGAUUGUAGAGGGAGUUUGUUGUUCUUUAGGUUUACGUUCAUUUGGUCUGUAAGCUUUGUCUAUUUCUCUGGUAGUCUGAUAUCACAUGGGCUUAUCCUGAGCUACCAAGUAGUACUUAACUUCAGUGCGAAUAUCAAUGGUUUCAUGCAAAAUACUGACUUCUAAAGUUCAGUUUUAUGCGUUGUCCUAUGUCAUUUCUUUGAAAAUACUGAUUCCGUUAUCAAAAUACUAAUUUUUAGCUGUACAAAUCCUGAAAUGUUCUUUUUCAGGUUUCCAGCUCUGCCUAACCCAUUUGGUCCAAUGGCUGUUUAGUGUAAACUAAAUAAGCACCUACAUCUUAAAACUAAUUCUUGAUUAUUCUUAAGUCGAGAUGGUCUAAUUUCCACUGUGUAUGUUAACAGUUUCAUGUAAUCAUUAUAACUAAGAGGGUUUUGACGAAGUGGGUAUUAGAUGAUAUGGAUAUAGACAAAAUGGUAAAUUGGCUGAAUAGCAAUGGGACCCAAUGGUUAGGCAAUGCAGGAAACCAUAGGAGGCGCGAUCGUUCAAUCGGUAGAGCGGGGGUUUCGGAUUCCAGUGUGACCUGGGUUCGAUUCCCACUUGGUGCGCUAGUACCCUUUGGUAAGGCAUUUAUCCUCAUUACCAGGUUCCUCAGAGAGGACCGUCAGCCAUUGGUCCUCUGGUUGCUUGCUAACAAGCAUUCGUCACCACCACAAUGAACUGAAUGUAGACAAACCAGGAUUAGAACACGUGGGUUGACACCAAAUAGAAAGUAUGCAAAGCAGGUACAGACCAAGUGCCAAUAUAGUGUUGUUUUAUGUGUUCAUGUUCAGAGUUCAGAACUUUGUUGUUUACAGUGAAAAAAAAGUAUAAAAAUGCUUCUGCUUUGACAUACCAUCUGUUUAUAAAGACUGCUUACCACUAAAUUGUAGUGACUUCACCCCCCACCCACCCAGUUUUGACAGUGUUUCUCAAAGAUACAGUUUGUAGAACUUGUGUUGAAAAACCAUCUGGCAAUAACAGCUCCGCCUCCAGGGGUUUCAAUAAGGGGGCUGAUCCCCUCUUUUCCCUUCUUUUUCUUUUCCUCCUGUAUUUUCUCUUAAGUUUGACAAUUUGAGGGGGUUCGAUCAACCCCCCCCCCCUCCUGGCUACUGGUUUGAAAUGCCAUUUAUUUCCUCUGUAUAUUUUUUUUUUUUGGGGGGGGCAGUCUUUAUAUAAAGGAUUCAUUGUAUUUGCUCAUGAUGAGAACAACCACACCCUUUUGCAGUCAUUUUAAAAACCUACUUAAACAAUCUAAUCUGCUUCAGAAAAAAAAAUCAGUUCACAUAAUAAAGGAAAGGAAACUAAUCUGUAUUCUAAAAGAAAUAAUCUGUACCUAUCAUCUCAUUGGAGUAUAAGGUUUAUAUUGAUUUGGUCAUGCUCACAAAAGUAUCCCAUUUGCUGUCAAAGUAGAGCAGAAUAUAUAUAUUUUUUUAAUUAUUCUUUCCUUUCUUGAUUUUUGUGUGGUACAGAUGUAUCUUGUUCUUGUUCCCAUUCUUGUUUAAAUGAUCAAUGUUUAACCCUCCUUUUACACAAUUUUAGUUGAGUCUGUGUUUUCAAAAGACCUAUGCCCAAGUUAUAUGGCUCAAAGCUGAAUUGUUUGAAAUAGCAACUUGACUUCUACAAAUUUUCCAUCACUAUAAUCAUGCAUACAUCACAG